AUGGCGCGUCAUUCAGCGGCUAACCAGGAGACGUAUUCCACAUUCAGCCAGUUUAUCAUUUCGAGUGAUGGUGUUUGGGGGAGCAGAUUUGGUGCCAUUGAUGUGAGGGAGAGGCCGUUGAAUGGACAGAAUUGGAAGCAUCUAGAUUCUCUAAUAAAGACUUUAUCACGCAAGUGUUAUGUACUGAAUGUGCUAUAUUUUUUCCUUCUUAGUUCAAGCUCUGAGGCAGACUUUAUCACGCAAGUGGUUGACAAGAUUCUUCCUAAAUUAGAUUUGAAACAACUGAGCAUUCCAACCCAUAUAAUUGGGAUGGAGACUCGAGUUAAAGCUAUCGAUUCUUGGUUGAAAAAUGAGCAAUACAAUGCUAUAGCGAUUUGUGGCAUGGGAGGCAGUGGCAAGACAACACUCGCAAAACACAUUUAUAAUUUAUACAAGGAAGAUUUUGAUAGCAGCAGUUUUGUUGAAAACAUUGGAAUAGAGUACAAAGAACAUCUACUUGAGCUACAAAAACAACUUCUCAAAGAUGUUUUAGGGGGGAAGAAAAUAAGUAUACAUGGUGUUUCUGAGGGUACACAUAAGAUUGAGGAGGUCUUGCAAAUGAAAAAUGUGCUUAUUGUUCUUGAUGACAUUAAUGACCCAGACCAAUUAAGCACCUUACUUGGAAAAAAGGCAUUCCUUUCACAAAGCAAGAUCAUAAUAACCACAAGUCUUCUAGAUAUAGAUGCGUGGUUUAGGUCCAUAUCUUGGAGGUGUAGGGUGCAUAAACUCGAAUUGUUGAAUGAUUUGGAGUCGUUAGAACUUUUAAGUUUGCAUGCUUUCGGAUCCAAAAUUCCUAUGGAAGGUUUUAAGGACCUCGCAGAACGACUAGCACAAUAUUGUGAAGGAAAUCCAUUGGCUCUUAAAGUAUUAGGAUCUUCUAUAUUUCUUAGUGAUGAAGACUCACAUAAAAGAAAUAGCAUGAUAGAUAUUUGGAUAGAUAGAAUCAAUUCAUUUACUUCAUCUAAAGGAGAUCAUGAUCGUAAAAUUCAAGAUGUGAUGCGAAAGAGCUUCGAUUGCUUACAACUUGACAGUUACAAAGAGUUGUUUCUGGAUAUUGCUUGUUUCUUUGUUGGUGAGAUCAAAGACAUGGUAACAAUAUGGGGGGAUGACAUGCAUGCAAGAUCUGGGAUCACCGCACUCAUUAAUAGAUGUCUGCUUACUAUUUCACAUGAUACCGGCAAAUUAAUGAUGCCUAGACUACUUCAAGAUAUGGGAAGAAAGAUAGUGUAUGAAGAGUCAAAACAACCAGCAGAACGUAGUAGAGUAUGCCAUGAUGAUGAAUCUUAUCGUAUAUUGAAAAAAGGAAAUGGUACAGAUAAAAUUGAAGGUCUUGCACUUAACAUGCUAGAGGUUAAGCAAGUUACGAGUUCACAGGCAGCUCUUAAAACAAGCUCAAUUGCAAUGAUGGACAACCUAAAAUUGCUAAAGCUCAAAUAUGUGCGAUUUACUGGGUCCUACAACAAUUUUCCAGCGUUAAGAUUUUUGUGGUGGCAUGGAUGUCAUUUGGAAACAAUGCCAUCUGGGUUAUUGAUGAGCAGCUUAAUGGCUCUAGAUAUGCGUUUCGGACACAUGGAAACGUUUGAAGUACCCAUGGGUCUUAAUUCACUCAAGAUACUAAAUCUUGAUGGUUGUUACAAACUUGCCCGCAUCCGCAAUCUCUACCAACUCCCUAAACUUGAGACUUUGAAGCUUCGAAACUGUAGUCGUCUGAUACAUCUUAGUAAUUCUAUAAGAUACCUUGAGAGCCUUGCUAAUUUGUAUUUGACAUGUUGCACCAAACUCUGGAAGGCUUCAUCACGAAAUGAAAUUCAACCAUUGCUUUCCUUACCCCAGUCAUUAAGGGUUUUGGAUCUUAGUUGUUGUGACCUUGAGUAUAACAAUGAUGUCCAUGUAGUAUUCCGGGCACAAUCGUUAUUUAAAUUGACUUUAUCUAAUAAUCCAUUUAAGUACCUGCCCAAGAGAAUUGAGCUUAAAAUGCUUCGGAAACUCUCCUUACUUUCUUGCCAUAACCUAAAGUCUCUACCGUGUAUGCCAAGAACGCUAGUGAAGUUGAAUGUAGAUGGGUGUAAAUCAUUAGAGAGUAUUACAUUCCAAUCAGGUCGUUUCAGUCUGAAAGAGUUUUCUUAUGAAGGUUGUUCCAACCUGUCUGAAGUUCAAGGCCUUUUUAAAAUAGUACCUUUAGCAAAAGUGGAUAAAGUAGAUCUAAUUCAACAAUGGCAUUGGAUCAAAGAAUACGAAUAUGAUGAGGUGGACCUGGUUAGUUAUAAGGUUACUAAAGAAAUAGAUGGGAAAAUUCAGAUGUUGUAUGAAUAUGGUAUAACGAGCACCUUUCUGCAAGGAACAAUGGAUCAAAUCAUGAUUUCAUAUGAGUAUACGUCAUCAUCAUCGGACCUAUCCUUCUGGGUGCCUUAUCUUCAUGAGAAAUACAGGAUCCAAGGAUUAAAUGUAAGUUGCUUAUUCAGAUCUUUAGGUGUGGAUAAUAAGCGGUGUGUGUUUGUCAAAAUCAGCAACAGGACCAAGGGGCUUACUUGGGUAUACAAUCCUGUGGUUUAUUGCAAACCCAGAGUUGAUGAAGAUGUUAUGUGGUUAAGCUAUUGGCCAAUUGGGAAAAUAUUAGAUGCUGGUGAUGAAGUCAGUGUGAAUAUAUAUGUGGAUCAUGGGAUGACUGUAAGUGAAUGUAGUGCCAGUUUUUUGUAUAUGGAUGGUGAAAUAGAGAAUGAAGAAAGCACCAUUACAGUGCAAGAAGUGAUUGGAGGAGAUCUGUCUGAAUUCGAGGUGACCCCAGGAGCCUACUAUCUUUGCCGUUGUGAUAUAUUUGGUUCGAUGACCUCUAGUUGGUUAACUUGGGUGUUUGGUGAUAACAUUGACUACCCAGAGUCACACGGAUGGCGAAAAACGCUUCAGCGACCUAUAGGAAGUUAUAAACCAGACUUUUCCAAAAAAAUUGUGCUACGAGUUAGAUUAAAUAGUGAAAGAGAAAACAAGAAGAUGCUUGAGGUGGUAGGUUCAAUUUCUGGCGUUGAAUCUGUUUCCAGCGGAAAAGGAAUCCUAAUCGUUGCUGGACGUCCCGAACAUCUUGAUCCUGUAGAAGUGAUAGAACGUAUAAAGAAAAUUGGUAUCAUGGCUGAGGUCAGACUUACAGCUUAA